UAUGGGGCUAUAGGACCCAACAUGUAUUUAUAAGUAACAGUUACUCUGGAAUACCUAAUUAUAUUGAAUUGAUGGGGGCUUUGCUCUAAAUGUCAGAAGGACUGAUCAACCUUAUGACUGAGAAGCAGCUGGGUCAAGCCUAUUUUUCUCAAUAUAAUAGGUUAUACUAUAGACACAUAAACACACAAAUUUAAAUAAGUAGUUUUAUAAAGUUGUAUUUCCUUUUGUAAAAGUAAAAUUAAGGUGUGGUAGAAUUGUGGUAACUGGAGAAUUGUGCUUGGCAAAUAAGUAGUUUAUAAAGUUGUAUUUCCUUUUGUAAAAGUAAAAUUAAGGUGUGGUAGAAUUGUGGUAACUGGAGAAUUGUGCUUGGCAACAGUCUUUUGUUUUGGUGGGAGGAGCUUAGCCUCUUUCUCUCUCUCCCUCGCACUGACUCGGGCUCUCGGUGGCUGGCCUUCAACCUGGCAGGAUCUCUGGGUCCUUCUUCUAUCUUUUGGGGCAUUAUGUGUGCUCCAGGGGUGAGUUUUUUAUAAUUUAAGUUGUGACCACCAUACCCAGGGUGACUAAAGUGUGUCAAAACACUGGUUAGCCCAGAGUUAUGUCAAGGAGAGAGAGGACUAAAGUUGCUGAGAUAUACCAUGUGGGAGAACAGCUAUGCAGUGUGUAGAUCGUUGUUUUGAAAAUGUGAGGCUGUAAUUGUAUAUUCUGUACAUAUCUAUUGAGAAUACAGUUAUAUUUUUAUAGUAGUAGUUUACAUAACCUGUGAAGAGGGCUGGUGAAAGGGUAUCAGAGACACUCAGGAUGAUCAGCCAUGAUGUAAGUAUUACCCCUAGACAAAUAAGACCAUUAAGUAAAAGCUACCCCACACUAGAACAUGUAGUGAGAACCUUACUAUCAAAGUAAUAAGGGACAAACCAACGUAACAGUAUAAAAUACAGUACUAACAGCAUAAAAAGUAAAGUAAAACAUGAAAUACCAAAAUAAAACAAUAAAAUAAAGUCAUUACAAAAAUGUUUUGUUGAUAUUCAGUAGUAAAGUUCGACUUAUGACCAUUUCAACUUAUGACCGGUUUCUCGGAACUGAACUCGGUCAUAAGUCGGAUGGUAGGUGUAUCUUGUAUCUUUUAUUACCAUAUCUUGUAUCUUUUAUGGCCUGGCAAUAUUAUCGGGUAUAUGUGAAUAAUCUUCUCUCUCUUUUUUUAUAGUAGUAGGUUGGUAGACAGCAGCCACCCAGGGAGGUACUACCGUCCUGCCAAUUGGUGUUUACAGUGUCAGUAAACAUACCAUGCUGACAUCCAGUUAAGAAAAUGGGAAAAGUACUGAGAUCAGCUAGUGUCAGCACCAAGUUUAAUAAAGCAUACUACACUGUCUGUAGGACUGAGUACAGCAGCUGUCAGCACCAAGUUGAAUAAAGGAUAGUACACUGAAGCACUGAGUACAACUACUGUCAGCACCAAGUUUAAUAAAGCAUACUACACUGUCUGUAGGACUGAGUACAGCAGCUGUCAGCACCAAGUUUAAUAAAGCAUACUAUACUGUCUGUAGGACUGAGUACAGCAGCUGUCAGCACCAAGUUGAAUAAAGGAUAGUACACUGAAGCACUGAGUACAACUACUGUCAGCACCAAGUUUAAUAAAGCAUACUACACUGUCUGUAGGACUGAGUACAGCAGCUGUCAGCACCAAGUUUAAUAAAGGAUAGUACACUGAAGCACUGAGUACAACUACUGUCAGCACCAAGUUUAAUAAAGCAUACUACACUGUCUGUAGGACUGAGUACAGCAGCUGUCAGCACCAAGUUUAAUAAAGCAUACUACACUGAAGCACUGAGUACAACUACUGUCAGCACCUCUUCAGUAAUAUCGACAAUUAUGUGUGUGUUCCAGUUGUCGAUAUUUGACUGAACUGUUCAGAAAAUCUAGUUUCUAACUUUUCUGUGGAAUUAAGGUAACAGAAAAUGUUGCUCAGUGUACACAUUAUAUCUCACAUUUAAUAAUGUAAAAGACAAUAUUAAAAAAUCCUAAUUCAUGACUGUUUUAAGUAACUAUUUCUGUAUUCUUACCUUCCUUGAAACUAUUAUGUUAGUCCUAGUCUUGCCCCUUUUGUGAAAAUAUUCUCUAUGAUCAUAUACUAUGAAAAUAUUAGUCCUAGUCUCACCCCUAUUAUAAAAAUAAGUCUUACCCCUAUUAUUAAAAUUUUACUCAGAAUCUUUCCAUUAAUUGCUUUCAAAAACCUGAGUAUUUGUUAUUUUAUAUUAUUUCUUUGAAAUAUUCCUUGCAUAUCAUUAUUCUGGCAUCUUGAGUUUUUCAUUGUAAAAUGCAAGUGAACAUAACAUAUGACUCAAGUUAUUUAUUUUAUCAAUAAUCAUGAAAAGAGAACUUUAAUGAGAAACAGAUUAUUUAUAAAAACUUUACUAAUUACAGAAUAAUUUAUCAGUUCAUUUAUUAUAAAAGUUUAAUUUCUGCAGUCAUUAUAUGUGUAAUGAUAUAGAUAUUAAUUAGUGCAAAUGCAAUUAAUAUAUGAUGAAAUAAGACUGGAGAUUUUUUGGAAUAUUUAUAGUUACUCCACCUACACCAGCACCAACUUAAACAUCAUUAUUGCUCGAUCAGACUGUUCCGCACAUUUUUAAAACACUUUAGCAUCUAUUUCAGUUUUUGUACCAAAGAAUUAAAAGAAAAAAUAUUAGUUAAGGAGAAAAGAGCUCACACAUUAUUGAAAUUUAAUACAUUAUUUAUUAAAAUUUACAAACAAAAAAAUACAUUGCAGUAUUUGAUAGUGAAAACAAAUUUCUUUGUGAUUUUUUUUUCACAUUAAUUUGUAUUGGUUACAAGAGUUUAUAUGAAAAGAUUUAACCAUCAGUUGUCAAUAUUAAUAUAUUUUUUCAAAGUUUACAUUGGAGAAUGUAUUAAAUGAGAGACAGUAGAGAGAAAGAUGUGCAGUACAGUAAGUCUGUUGUUAUGUGAUGUAGUAUGUAGCAUUCAAUGAAUUACUGAUUUAUUGAGUGUAAAAACUUGAAAUAAAGUCAACAUGAAGGUGGUAAGUAAACUCCAUGAAUGUCCUGUUUGUGAAAAAGUUUUUCCAACUAAUUAUAGACUCAUAAGACAUAACAUUACUCAUACAGGAGAGAAGCCGUUUCAUUGCUCAGAAUGUCUGAAAAGUUUUAUCCAUAAAUCCUCAUUAAAGGAACAUGAGAAAAUUCAUACAGGAGAGAAGCCAUAUCAGUGUUCUGUGUGUCAGAGAAACUUUAGGAAGAAAUCCUCACUAAAUAAACAUGAGAAAAUUCAUACAGGAGAGAAGCCAUAUCAGUGUUCAGUGUGUCAGAAAGACUUUAGGAAUAAAUACUCACUAAAACAACAUGAGAGCGUUCAUACAGGAGAGAAACCAUAUCAGUGUUCAUCGUGUCUGAAAGAUUUCAGGGACAAAUGCUCACUAAAUAAACAUCUGAGAAUUCAUACAGAAGAAAAGCCGUAUCAAUGUUCAGUGUGUCUGAGAGAUUUCAGGGAUAAAUCUUCACUAAAUAAACAUGAGAGAAUUCAUACAGGACUGAAGCCACAUCAAUGUUCAGUGUGUCAGAAAGACUUUCUUCUUAAAUACUCACUGAAACAACAUCAGAGAAUUCAUACAGGAGAGAAGCCAUAUCAAUGUUCAGUGUGUCUGAAAGAUUUCACUGAUAAGUCCUCGCUAAAUAGACAUCAUAGAAUUCAUAUAGGCCAUAAACCAUAUCAGUGUUCAGUGUGUCUGAAAGACUUCAGUGGUAAAACCUCACUAAAUAAUCACGAAAGAAUUCAUACAGUAAAGAAGCAAUAUCAGUGCCCUGAAUGUCUCAAAAACUUCUUAAAAAAAUCCUCACUAUAUGAACAUCAGAGAGUUCAUGAAGGAGAGAAAUUAUAUCAUUGUUCAGUGUGUCUGAAAGACUUUAUUAAUAAAUCUUCACUCAAACAGCAUGAGAGAAUUCAUACAGGAGAGAAACCAUAUCAGUGUUUGCUGUGUUAUAAAGACUUUAGACGCAAGGAUUACCUGAAUUCACAUGUGAAACGACAUAUUGGAAAGAAGCCAUAUCAGUGCGCAGUGUGUGCAAAAUUAUUUACAGAAAAAGGUUCUCUUGUAAAACAUAUGCGCUAUCAUACCGGAGAGAAGCCAUUUCAGUGUUCAGUGUGCCAAAAAGACUUUUCAGAAAAUGGCCACCUCACUUCACACAUGAGACUUCAUACUGGAGAGAAGCCAUUUAAGUGCUCAGUGUGUGCAAAACGGUUUUCAGAAAAAUCUUCUCUGGUGAAGCACCUAAAGAUUCAUACAGGAAAAAUACAUGAAUGUCUUGAGUGUCAUAAAAUAUUUUCAAGCAACUCUCUUUUAGUUCAGCACAUGACACUUCAUGAAGAAGAUAAACCAUACAAGUGUUCAGUGUGUCAGGAAAGUUUCUCAACAGAAGAAAGUUUAGAAGAACAUUUUAAAAUUCAUACAAGGGAAACACCAUACAAGUGUUCAGAGUGUCAGGAAAGUUUCUCAACAGAAGAAAGUUUAGAAGAACAUUUUAAAAUUCAUAUAAGGGAAACACCAUACAAGUGUUCAGUGUGUCAGGAAAGCUUCUCAACAGAAGAAAGUUUAGAAGAACAUUUUAAAAUUCAUACAAGGGAAACACCAUACAAGUGUUCAGAGUGUCAGGAAAGCUUCUCAACAGAAGAAAGUUUAGAAGAACAUUUAAAAAUUCAUGCAAGGGAAACACCAUACAAGUGUUCAGAGUGUCAGGAAAGUUUCUCACAGAAGAAAGUUUAGAAGAACAUUUUAAAAUUCAUACAAGGGAAACACCAUACAAGUGUUCAGUGUGUCAGGAAAGCUUCUCAGUAGAAGAAAGUUUAGAAGAACAUUUAAAAAUUCAUACAAGGGAAACACCAUACAAGUGUUCAGAGUGUCAAGAAGGCUUUUCAAGAAAAGCAAAUUUAUUAUUGCAUAAAAAAAUUCAUGAGGGGAAAAAAACAUACACUUGUUCAUGGUGCUCACAAAGCUUUUCACAAAAAUUAGAAUUUGAAAAUCACUUGAAAGAUCACAACACAGAACAACCA